UUACCCCACACACACACAAAACCAUCGAGUUCGUUCUGUCUUUUUGUCGAAUCGCCAUUCUCCGAAGAGGCGAGCCUGCAAAUUCAGUGAAUUAACACUGGAAUUUGAACCGUCGACUCUCGGACGAAUGGAGAAGACGACGACGACGACGACGUAGUCUUGAAGAAGCGUGUAUAUAUAUUAUAUGUAUAUUUCGACAGCAACGUCGUCAUCUAGCUUUGCCUGGCAACGUUUCCGCAAUUUACACCGACCUACAAGCUUCCAGGGGGGCGGUUUCUCGAUUUUCAGACCGUCUUUUGUCUUCGUCUGCCUCUCUCUCUCUCCCCCUCUCUCUUUCUCGCUCGCUCUCUCUCUCUCUCUCUCUGUGAAAGCAUACGUGCAAAGCAAUUCAGAGAGGGAGAGAGGAGAAAGAGAGUGAACGUACAUUCUGAAACCGCUUAAUCUAUCGGCAAUACAUUGGGAAUUCGCGAAAAGUUGCGUCGCUUUGUUGAAAUCUAUAGGAACCAUCCCUGCAUGAACACGUACGCUCUUGCCUCUACAGCUCAUUUAUUUCGGCUUUCGGUGUAAUGGCGAUCGUAGAGUCAGGUGAGAGCGUCGAGACGGCGGCCUCGGGAGCCGAACACCGGGUCGCGGAUCCCGGCAACCGAUCAAUUCGCCGGAGAGCGGCGGCUGCGGGGGAGGUUUCUGAUUUGCCUUCGGGGGUGAGUUCGCUGGAGGUUGAGAGUGCGGUUGAUGCUUCGGAGAAGGAUAGGAAUCAGAUCGGGGUUGCCGGCGGAGGCGGUGGGGUGGAGGAGAAUGAUGGGAGUGGCGGAAAGGAUGGCGAAAAGGCUGAGAAUGAUGGCGGCCGCGAGGGGAGUAAUUCCGGGAGGUAUACUUACAGGGCGUCUGCACCGGCUCACCGGAGAAUCAAGGAGAGUCCUCUUAGCUCAGACGCAAUAUUCAGACAGAGUCAUGCUGGUCUCUUCAACCUCUGUAUAGUAGUGCUCAUUGCUGUAAACAGCAGGCUUAUCAUUGAGAAUCUCAUGAAGUAUGGCUGGUUGAUUAAAUAUGGUUUCUGGUUUAGUUCAAGAUCAUUGAGGGAUUGGCCACUUCUAAUGUGCGGGCUCACCCUUCCAAUCUUCCCACUUGCUUCAUUUAUUGUUGAGAAGUCUGUGCAACGGAAAUAUAUUUCUGAAGCAGUUGUUGUGAUCUUUCACAUAUUAAUAACGACUGCUGCAGUUCUGUAUCCAGUUUUUGUGAUCCUAAGGCAUGAUUCUGCCGUUCUAUCUGGUGUGGCAUUAAUGCUCUUUGCUUGCAUUGUGUGGUUGAAAUUGGUAUCCUAUGCACAUACAAGUCAUGAUAUGAGAGCUGUUGCCCAGUCACUUGAUAAGGGGGAGGGCUCUUCUGAUAUUAACUACUCUUAUGAUGCUAGCUUAAAAAAAUUGGUUUACUUCAUGAUGGCUCCAACUCUAUGCUACCAGACAAGUUAUCCCCGCACUGCAUGUAUUCGAAAGGGUUGGGUGGUCCGUCAACUCAUCAAAUUGGCUGUAUUUACAGGACUCAUGGGAUUUAUCAUAGAGCAGUAUAUCAAUCCAAUUGUUAAGAAUUCACAACACCCUUUGAAAGGAAACCUUUUAUAUGCUAUAGAGAGAGUCUUGAAGCUCUCUGUUCCAAACUUAUAUGUCUGGCUCUGCAUGUUCUACUGCUUUUUUCAUCUUUGGUUAAACAUACUAGCUGAACUUCUCUGCUUUGGAGAUCGUGAAUUCUACAAAGAUUGGUGGAAUGCUAAAACAGUGGAAGAGUACUGGAGAAUGUGGAAUAUGCCUGUUCAUAAAUGGAUGGUUCGGCAUAUUUAUUUCCCAUGCUUACGGAAUGGAAUACCCAAGGGUGUAGCUGUACUGAUUGCAUUCCUUGUAUCUGCUAUUUUUCAUGAGCUAUGCAUUGCUGUUCCCUGCCAUAUGUUCAAGUUUUGGGCUUUCAUUGGAAUUAUGUUUCAGGUUCCACUGGUCAUGAUCACAAAUUACCUGCAGAAUAAGUUCAGAAAUUCCAUGGUGGGAAACAUGAUCUUCUGGUGCUUCUUCAGCAUUCUAGGUCAACCUAUGUGCGUUCUGCUUUAUUACCAUGACUUGAUGAACAGAAAAGGAAACACUGCCGCCCAGUGAACUCGAGCAGAUCGAAAAGUUUGUGCUAAACUAAAGUACUAAGUGGGGUUGGAAGAGAAAGUUGUUAUCCACAAAUUUCGUACGUGUUCUUGCUGCUUAGGCUUCUUGUUGGUUGGUUUCCUUUAUGGGCAAUUUUGUUUUCAGAUGCCCCGGCUAGCACCUUCUUCCUAUCACCUGUCUACUUGUAUAUUGUUCGUGCUCAUGCUUCACCUGUUCUCCAUUUUGGUUGUAAUUUUGUAAACUUGACAGUACAUUUAGAAUAUAUACAUAUAUGUAUGUAUAUCCUGAAUUAGGCUUGGGAGCUCUAUGUCUUGUUUAAGCCAAUAUGAAAGUGAAUUUAUAUGAAUGAAUGUCUUCUAGACUAUUUGUUUA